AUGACAUCUGAAAACCGCGCCGGCGGCCCUGGGAAGUUCGACACCGCGUCGACGUCCAACAGCCUCUCCUACGCAGAGAAUCACGCCACUUGCCGCCGGUCCUGCGACGUCGACGCACUCUGCGUCGGCUACAGCUUUUACGCUCCGCUCCGCUACGGAGGUCAGAAGCUCGACGGGACGGUGCGGACGGGGUACGAGACCGUGGCGCCCGUCGUCAAGGAGCUGGAGAAGGAGCUGGGCGCGCUGCUCCCUGAGCGGUGGGCCCAGAAGGUCGACGAACACGGGAGCGCGGUGCGCGAGUGGAGCCUGCGCCCCCUCGGCGACUCGCUAAAGCUAAACUUGGACGACCGGAACCGGACAUCCACUCCGAGUGCUCUCCCCCCUCUCCUUCGCGAUCUCGCUAAAGCUAGACUUGGCCAAACCAUCCUCGCCAGUUCCCCGCUGAAGUUGGCGCUGGGAGUAGCCGUGUGGCUCUUCCUGGCGCUCUGCUUCUACCGCUGCUGCUGCCGGCGGCGCAAGCCGCCUCACAAGCGGCUCGUGGUUCUGGAGCCCGACGAGGAGGAGGCGCGGGGCGGCAAGCCGAGUCGGCGGCGGUCGAAGCGCCCCUCCGAUGCCAUGCCGUUCUUGCCCUCAAACCGGUCCGCAGCGGAGCUGGAGCUGGCGGAGCAGGUGGCGGAUCUGGAGCGGCGCCUCGCCGUGAGCAAGGCCACAGAACUGGCGGAGCAGGUGGCGGAGCUGGAGCGGCGCCUCGCCGUGAGCAAGGCCACAAGGCCGGAAGUAUAG